UCUCUCCUCUCCCCUCCUUCACGUUCUUCGCCCGGUUUGGGAUCAAAGUUGACAACAUUUUAGAUUUCCCAAAGUUAUUUGUCACCAGGGUCCGUCCGUCCGUCCGUCCAUUAAUGGCGUCUCCGAGAAACAAAGGGAAAUCGAAAUUGUUGAGCGAUGAAUAUGAACAAGUUACGAGGAAAUUAACAGAACACGGGAAGGAUGCCGAGGAUCAACUAUGGAAGCCAGUUUUUGAAGAGUCUUCCAUCUCAAACAGACCACUCAAGAAGAUCAAGAGUCCAGAACGUCGAGACCCAUUUCACUAUUCAUCUUCACUUCCUCACGCCUCUGCCGCCUCUAGACCUCCCCUGAUUUCUUCUCCAUCUUCAAGGCUUGUCUUCCCCUUCGCCUUAAACGACGCACAAUUAAAUUUGCCAAACAAAAACAACCCCAUGAUCUCUUUUCACCACCAGCAAGGAUACCCGCCGCCGCCGUAUUUUGCCUCGGAAACUGCUGCUGCGGCAGCUCAGCAGCAGAGGCUAUUACAGAACUGGAGCGAUGCUCUGAAUUUAAGCCCUAGAGGGAGGAUGAUGAUGAUGAUGGCGCAUGAAGGAAUGGCGGUUUUCAGGCCACCGGCGCCGCCUCUUAUCGCGACGAAGCUGUACAGAGGUGUUAGACAGAGACAUUGGGGCAAAUGGGUAGCUGAGAUUCGCCUUCCAAGAAACAGGACUCGUCUCUGGCUCGGCACUUUUGACACUGCGGAGGACGCUGCCAUGGCGUACGAUCGUGAGGCCUACAAACUGAGAGGAGAGAAUGCGAAGCUUAAUUUUCCUGAGCUCUUUCUGAACAAGGGUUUUUCUAAUUCUGGAGAAGCUUCUAAUUCUGCUUCUUCUCAUCAGGGUGGUUCUGAUUUCGAAAGUCAGCCACAACAAGCUCCUCAAAGCUCCGAUUUGAAUGCUGCUUCCAUCAUUUACGGGGAUUCAGAUCUGCUGUCGAGGGAGACCGUGGAUGGUGAAGAAAUCGAGAAGACGAGGCCGGCGGAGUUCGUUUGGCGAGGAGGAGGAGGAGGAGGAGGCGAAAUGGAAGAAUCCUGGUUGAAUUCGAUUGGAGAUGGAUGGGGACCGGGAAGUCCAGUUUGGGAUGAUUUGGAUUUAAACAACAAUCUUCUCUUGCCAUCAAAUCUUCCUAUUGUGGGUGGUGGUGGUGGUGGUUCCGAUCAUAAUCAUAAUCAUCAUCAACAACAGCCGCAGCCAAGCACUGCGCCUUCUUCUGUAUCAUCAUCAUCAUCAUCAUCAUCCAUGUCAUGUCUUUUGAAGCCUUUCUUUUGGAAGGAUCGAAACUGAAUAGGUGAAUCGGUGGUUUCUAGCAUCUGUUAGGAGAAGCGUUUUAGUGAAUCUCCUCAGACAUUUUCAGUGAGUUACUGCUGGUUAUUUUAGAGUAGCAGCCACUGAUCAUAUCGUCUUCAAUUUUCCUUUGGAACUCAGCCAGCCAGCCAGCCAGCCAGCCAUGCAUGGUUUAGCUAGCCGACCACCCAAUCUAUUUAUUUGAAGUUUUAUGGUUGUCAUUUCAUUUGCAGACAUGAAGCGAGACAGUUUAGAGAUCUCCUUCUUGUCAAUUUGUCCAUCAUCCCUCACCCAUGUGGAUUGAUAAUAUAAAACUAUACAUAUCCUUUUGGAUUCA